UCACCAUGACCGAAUUCUUCAACAUCUCAACUCAAAGUGAAGAUAUAAUUAUGAAUUUCUCAGUGGAGAAACAGAAUGGCAGCUAUUCAGCUGGAUCCCAUGAAGAGAACGUGUUUUUUGUCACCUUGUACAUCAUUAUCUUCAUUGUUUCAGUUCCAUGCAAUGUGCUGGCUUUGUGGGUUUUCUGUUAUAGCAAGAACUCUUCCUCUUCCAAGGUGUUCCUGUUGAACCUUGCUAUAGCUGACAUGUGUUAUGUUUUGGUGCUGCCCACACGUGUGAUUUAUCACGCUUCACACAGCGACUGGCCGCUUGGGGAGGCAUCUUGUCGCCUGGUGGGAUUCCUAUUUUUUAUAAAUCUCUAUUGCAGCAUGUACCUCAUAGCUUUCAUUGGCCUGGACCGCCUGUUGGCCAUCACCCUGCCCCUGAAAUGCCAAUCCCUGAGGAAAAGGAAAAAUGCUCAAGUGGUUUGUGCUAUUUUGUGGGUAUUGGUAACUUGUUCAAUGGUGCCUGUGCUCUUCUCUCCCCAAACAGUAACCUUUUCAUCAUUAGGGAGGAAUGUGACUAAUUGUAAUCAGCUUUAUUUGGAGAAUAGAUCAUUCAAAGCCCUUGUGUCUACAGUGGUUGCAUUUGCUGUUCCUAUUGUCUCUCUGACGGCAUCUUACAUCCUCAUUUUUCUCAAGCUCCGAGUAAUGACAUUUCAUCAGAGGACGGCAGUCCAAAGCAAUGCAAUCAGAAUGAUCCUGCUGACUCUGGUUACCUUCAUCGUGGCCUUUGUGCCUUAUCAUGUGCACCGUUUCUUUUACAUUGAGCGCCACAGACACGGCACAUUAUCUGAUGUAGAAAUGAGAUCCUUGGCAUUUGGUAACCGCUUAACCUCUGCUCUCACAUGUGUUAGUGGUAUAAUGGAUCCUGUUAUGUAUUUCUUCCUGGCUCAAAAUUACCAGAAGACUCUUCUUCAGCUGUGCGGAAGAGCAACAAAAAAUGACCAACCGCAGUCCACCAACCGAUCUUGAUGUAAGACACAUAAUGGUUGUCAUAAUAAACAACAUAAUAAGGAGUCACUGAAAUGGAUUUUUAAAUAAGACUGCCAUAGCAAUUUUAUGAAAGGAGCACUCCCAUUGUGAUGUACUGGCUUUUUGUGCAUUUGACCUCAUUUUAUUAAUCUUUUAGCAUAAGCCAUUUUUUUCUUGUGAGGUAUUAGUCAUAUAAAU